CUUCCGUGAUUUCCGCGUAUUGUGGGGCAUGAAACCGGAAACUAGACUCCGGACGGGAUGUAGUCAGCCGACCAAUCACAAGCCUUGCGAGCUGUGUGAGGCUCGCGUCGUUUUGUCGUAUAGAAAAAUUGGCGGACGCACGCAAGCCGCCAGAGGGCUCGAAAGGGGCGCGUUGCGUGUCUUGCGUGCAUGCGUGCGUCCGUGCAACACGAGUAUAAUUUGGCCUUCAGAUAUGCUCCUCACAGGCUUUCUCUCUGACUCUCAUUAUCUGAUUAACAUACACACAGACACGCAUAACCACUCCACCUAGUUAAACCUGUCCCCGCCACCAGUCGUAAAUGGUUUCAGAAGAAGGGGGGGCUGCUAUCUCUUCACAGGCUUUCUCGCUGACUCUCAUUAUCUGAUUAACAUACACACAGACACGCAUAACCACUCCACCUAGAUAAACCUGUCCCCGCCACAAGUCGUAAACGAUUUCAGAAGAAGGGGGGGCUGCUAUCUUAAGGCGUAACAAAAGCAUGCAUCAGCCUUAAUUUAUUAUAAAACCUCGCUGCUCCCCCUACUCCUGGUCUGCUAUGACAGGAGUCAGGAGAAGCGUGGUUUAAAAAUGUUGGCAGUUGACAGUGUUCACAUCUAAUAUAACUGGUUUUACUUGUUGGGUUAGUAGGCAGGGCUUGAUACUGUCAGAACAAGAGGCGGUACGAUAUAGUGUAUGAACAAUUUACAAAAGCUUGCCAGUAGCAAAUUCAGCACUCACACAGGAAAGAUGAGAGGAUCUUCCAGUCAAAUGCUGUGCCUGGCAAACUUAGCUAUUUUGGGCCUUAUCUCCUGUGUUAUUUCUUUAUUUGUAUAUUUUGAGCCUCAAUCCCCUUUGUGUCUACUUACAUCUACAUUGGGUAAUGGAAAAGUUAAUGAAGAGGCACCAUCUGACAACCCCAUCGUUCUGCUGUGGACCUGGCCUUAUAAUGCGAAGUUUGAUUUCCAAAUCUGCUCAAGCUACUUCCACGUUGAUGGCUGCAUUCUGACUGAUGACAGGUCAUUGUACAGCCAAGCUGAGGGAGUCAUCUUCUACCAUAAAGACAUAAACUGGUAUUUGGAAAACAUGCCCAAGGAGCCACGUCCAUAUUUUCAGAAGUGGAUUUGGUACAAUGUGGAAUCUCCCACGAACACGGCGAAAAAAGGAGGUCUGGAAAACCUGUUCAACUUAACACUGAGCUACAGACGAGAUGCUGACAUCACAGUGAGGAAUGAGGUGACGAUCAAGGAGACAGAGACAAAGGAGGAAGUAGUGCUGCCCCUGAAGGACAAACUGGUUUGUUGGGUUGUCAGUAACCACGACCCAAAUACUGGAACAUCUGUUAGAGACAAAUAUUACACAGAACUGUCCCAACACAUAAAGGUUGAUGUCUUUGGUACUGGUUUUAAUGGGCACCCGUUGAAACCUGAAGACUAUUACCCCACUCUUGCGAGUUGUAAGUUUUAUCUCUCAUUUGAGAACUCGCGGCACGUGGACUACAUAACAGAGAAGGUCAAUGGGCCCCUCGUGGCAGGGACCGUCCCUGUAGUUCUGGGUCCACCAAGGGAAAACUACGAGCAGUUCCUUCCCAAUGGUUCCUUCAUUCACAUAAAUGAUUUCCCUGAUGCUAAAGGUCUUGCAGAGUUUCUGCAACACCUGGACAAGGACCAUGAAGCAUACAUGAGUUACUUUGAGUGGAGAAAGUACUAUGAAGUCACUGCUCAUCUUUUGACAACGAGCAAUGAAUUCAUUCAUCCUAUCUGCCUCGCCUGUGGCCACAUCGCAAAGUACAGAGAAUACCAUGUUGUCAAUGAUCUUUAUGGGUGGUACUUUUCAUGAAAAGUAAAGUGAGAACAUCAUUAUAUAAACUAGAAGAUAUACUUUGAAUUUGUGUGAUUGGUUUGACAUUAUAAAGAGUAAUGAAAAGUAAUUAUUCAAUAUAAUUCAUAUGGUAACAGUUGAUAUUAUCAAACUGGAGCUGAUGAAAGAAGUGUGGCAAUACUUCUCUUUUUUUGAGUCACUUUGAGUUGUUUUGAAUACAUCUAGACAAAUAAAUAAAUAUUCAAAUCUAAACAUAGGUUUUAUACAUUUUAUUGGGGUCAUUUGAAGGAUUAUGUCAUAUUUAUUAUUGCUUUGUUUAUAGAUACCUUAAUUGAUGACUUUUUAAAAGACUACAAGUGAACUUCCAGUUUUCUAUCCUGACUUCAUUAGGCUAUUGGUUGUGCUAAUGAGUAGGUGGGGCAUCAGUUGCAUGGAUCCAGCUGAAUAGCUGCACACUCGCAUUCAAAUCAGCUAUCAUUUUACAACUCUAAGGGACAAUCCUGUGCUUUACACCUGCUUUACACUGUUUUGAUUUAAAAUUAACUCGCCAACACCAUUUGGUGGGGAGACAUCUUGUUGAACAGAAAUUAUGCUAUUCGAUCUAUAUAAACUAUGUAUGAGCAUCCUUUUGGCUUCUUUGCAGUUUCUCCCGAGGAGGUGUAUGUGUUUUAUAAAAAAAUAAAGUGUGAGCCUCCAGA